GUUUAAAGUACAAUAAUUAUGUUCUUCGUGCAGCAACUCAGCUCGUACACACCUUUAGAGGGGAAACACACAGAUUCAAAACACAGGAGGAAGUAAAUAGCUGAAUCUUCAUCACCAACAAAAGGCGGAAGAAGGAGGAGCAUGGAAGAACAACGUUCAUUUUCUCAUGACUCCAGCAGUCUCCUGUCUGAAGAUCAGCUGCAGUGUUCGGUCUGUCUGAAUGUGUUCACUGAUCCAGUCACCACUCCAUGUGGACACAACUUCUGCAAGAGCUGCCUUACACAACGCUGGGAGAAGAGUCAACAUUGUCACUGUCCAUUAUGUAAAGAGGAAUUCACCAAGAGACCUGAACUGAAGAUUAAUACAACACUGAGAGGGGUUGCAGAUCACUUCAAGAAGAAAAGUGGUCCUGACAAACCAGAGGUUCUUUGCGAUGCCUGCACUGGAGAGAAGUUGAAGGCCCUGAAAUGCUGUCUGGAUUGUUGUGCAAGUUUGUGUGAAACUCAUCUAGAGUUUCAUAAUAAUAUGCCCAAACAUAAGAAACACAAACUAAUAAACCCUGUGGAGAACCUGGAGGAUUUCAUCUGCCAGAAACAUGAGAGAGCUCUGGAGCUGUUCUGUAGAGAUGAUCAGACGUGUGUGUGUAAGUUCUGCACUGAAGGAGACCACAAGAAUCACAACACUGUUCCUAUAGAGGAGGAAAACAGAGAGAGGAAGACACAGCUGGAGAAAACACAGACAGAUGUGCAGCAGAUGAUUCACGACCGACUGAAGAAGCUCCAAGAGAUCAAACACUCAGUAGAGCUCAGCAAAAGAAGCACAGAGAAAGAGAAAGCAGACAGUGUUGAAGUCUUCACUGCUCUGAUUCGCUCCAUUGAGAGAAGUCAGGCUGAGCUGCUCAAGGUGAUGGAGGAGAAGCAGAAAGCAGCAGAGAGGCAGGCUGAAGAACUCAUUAAAGAGCUGGAGCAGGAAAUCACUGUGCUAAAGAGGAGAGACACUGAGCUGGAGCAACUCUCAAUCACUGAGGAGCAUCUCCACCUCCUACAGAUUUACUCCUCCGUGUGCAGCCCUCCACACACCAAGAACUGGACUGAGAUCAGUAUUAACACUGAUCUGAGUGGGGACACUGUGAGGACAGCUUUGUCUCAGCUUCAGAAGACUCUGAAUGAGAAACUCACUAAAGCACUGGAUGACAAUUUAAAGGAAACAGUUUCCACAGAACUGAAGAUGAUUCAGCAGUAUGCAGUGGAUGUGACUCUGGAUCCUGAUACAGCUCAUCCUGAUCUCAUCCUGUCUGCUGAUGGAAAACAAGUGACACAUGGAGACACAGAACAGAAUCUCCCUGAUACACCACAGAGGUUUAAUCCAUGUGUCUGUGUUCUGGGAAAGCAGAGUUUCUCCUCAGGGAGAUUUUAUUAUGAGGUGCAGGUCAGAGGGAAAACUGUGUGGGAUCUCGGAGUCGCCACAGAGUCCAUUAACAGGAAGAGGACGAUUAUACUGAGACCUCAGUAUGGAUUAUGGACUGUGGGGUUGAGAAAUGAGAAUGAGUAUAGGGCAUUUGCUGGUCCCUCUGUCCGCCUCACACUGAGAGAGAAGGUGGAGAAGGUGGGGGUGUUUGUGGAUUAUGAGAAGGGUCUGGUCUCCUUUUAUGAUGUGAAGUCCAGCUUUCAUAUCUACUCUUUCACUGGUCAGUCUUUCACUGAGAAACUCUAUCCUUACUUCUGUCCUUGUUCAAAUGCAGGAGGUAAAAAUUCAGCACCACUGAUCAUCUCUCCUGUAAUUGGGACUGAAUGAACAUUCACCUCAUUAAUCUAAUCAACUAAUAAGUGGUGAGAAUAAAAAUGAAUAUUUGAUUUUUCUUGUAAAUUCAUAUAAAAAAUAAAUUCAAUAUAUAUUUUCAUUUAAAGUAUUCUUUAAAACUUUUUUUUGCAUGAACAAAUAAUUUUAAUCCUACAGUCUGUUUUUUGUUUUUUUUGUUUUGUUGGUUGUUUUUUUUUGUUUGUUUUU